AUGAACGCGUCGGACGUUGUUCAACGACAAUUGAAAGAGGAUUGGGAUAAUCGAGAGUUUGAGCAGGUAAUUUACAGGGUGGGGCGGGUAUUUUCACUGAAAACUGAUGGAAAAAUAGUGAUUUUCAUCAAAAAUCACUCCUGGGAUGGUUUUUGCUAAAAAUCAUUAAAUUUUCACUCUGAAAUCAUGAAAAUCCUUGGUUUUUGCGGUGAAUAUGUGAAAAACCAUUCUAGCUCAAUUCCACAUGAAAAAUUACAUAAAUUCGUCAAAAAUCAAUGAAUUUUUGAUGGAAAACAUGGUUUUCUCAUCAUAAAUUCAUAUUUCAUCAGAGAACUGAUAUAUAGUUUAGAUAAAACGUUUUGCAUGAGUCAGCAAGAUUGCAAAAUCAAUUUUUUGUUUACUUCAAAGUUUUGUUGAUUGUGUAAUUCUCCAAGAGAACUACACAAAAAUUAAACAGAUGAGAAAUUAAUACGUGGCAUUGGAAAUUUAGAGAAAAACGUGGAAAAAAUCAUUUCGAGAAAAUAUAGUAUUUCUUUCGCAAAUUGUUCUGUUAGGGUAGAAGUUUCGUUUUUUGUGUAAUUUUCGUGAGAAACUUGAAAUUUCGAAUAAAAAUAGUUUUUUUUUGUAUUUUAAAAAGACGACGUGGCAAAUUUAAAGCGUUUGACGGACAAAAAAUUCGAAAAAUAUCUUUUUUUGAAUCAAAAUGAUGAAAAUGGUUCAAAUUUCACACCCGGAAGUAUUAAGCUAUAGAUAAGCUACAAUUUCACAGGCUCCUCCAGGCAGCGGUGUGAAAAAAAAUUGCAAUUUCAAGAAAAUCUAAAAUUUAUUCUCUGAAACCGCUUAAAAUUGUGGAAAUCCUGGAAUUUUCAGUCAAUUUUAAGUGGCUUCAGAAAGACGCGGAAGCUAUGCCCAAAUUUCCAAUUUUCUUAAAGGAGCAUACAGUUUUUCUAGAAUUGGUCAUUUUUUUCCUGAAAAAUUCACAUCUCCUUUGAUUUUCUUAGAAACCUAGCAUUUCUUCAAAUUUGUUUUUUGAAAAAUGAGAAAUACCAUUUUUUUCCGAAUUUUUGAUUAAAAAAGUGGGCCACGUUUGAAAUUUAAUAAAUAAAAAUUUCAAGUUCCUAUGCUCUGAAACUGCUUAAAAUUGUGAAAAUCCUUGAAUUUUCAGUCAAUUUUAAGGAGUUUCAGAAAGACGCGGAAGCUAUGCCCAAAUUUUAAAGGAACAUACCGUAGUCUAGCUAGAAUUCUGUAUUUCCAUUUGAAAGCUGAAAUUCCCUCUCUGAAACUGUUUAAAAUUGUGAAAAUCCUGAAAUUUGCAGUAAAUUUUAAGCGGUUUCAGAAAGACGCGGAAGCUAUGCUCAAAUUUUGAAGGAGCAUAAAGUAGUCUAGCUCGAUUACUGUAUGUACCUUUAAGACCUCAAAAAUUUAAAAAUCUUCCUCUGAAACUGCUUAAAAUUGUGAAAAUCCUGAAGUUUCAGUCAAUUUUAAGCAGUUUCAGAAAGACGCGGAAGCUAUGCCCAAAUUUUGAAUUAUCCCUCGAAAACUUACUGUAUGUCCCUUUAAAAUUCCUCAAUUUUUACAGGUAAUCGCUGACAACAUCAAAAGCAUCGCCAAUUUCUUGUCGAGCUUUGAAUUGUCGUGCAGAAGUAAACUAGCAACACUCGGCGAUAAAAUCAAUCUUUUGGAGCGAAAAGUCGAAUUCUUGGAAGCCAGUGUAACCAAAGGAGAAACUUUGAACUAAAAACAUGUCUCAAACUGCUGGAAGAGUUGCCAAAACUACUGCGCACGCCGUGAGAACUGUUGCGCCAAUCAAGUCGAAUAAUUCGAAAGAGGCCAGAAUUGCUGUCUUGGAAGCCUAUAAGGAAUUGUGAGUUUUUGGGGGGCUUUUUGAGGGCGAAAGUAAGCUCCCAGACCCAUUUUUCACUCUAAAAAUCCCAAAAAAUUCUUCUAGCCAACGUCUCACACCAAAAUUCUGGUGGGAUUUCGGUCUUCACGACAUGCCACUCGGUGUUUUCCGCGCUGUCAUCAAAAAACAAUUCACCAAAAACGCGCAUUUGACCGAUGUUCGAGUUGUUGAUCGACUUGUUGGUGAGACUCAUCAGGUUUGUGGGGAAAAUUGAGGUUUUGGGUGGUUUUAGUGGUGAAAUUUGGAUUUCUGGUGAAAUUUUGAUCUAGAAAUGUGGAUUUUUGUCCACGUGGCGAAGUGUUUCAUUUUCAGAAAUUCGAAAACUGUAAAAAAUACGUUUCACAAUUUUUGCAACUAGAAAAAAUUGUGAACCAAAUGAUUCCUUUAAAGACACGUAGAAACCUAGAAAUGUGUGUUCGUAAUCUUCAAAAUUUGAACGCGCACCUUUUUUCAAAGUUGUGUGUUGUUCGUUUGAAAAAACAAAAAAUAAAUAAAAAGUGGUGGUACGGUAUGCUAAGAAUGCACACAUGUGCGGCAAAUCACGGACAUUUGUGCAAACACCAAAUUUCGCGUCGGCUGAGCGAUUUCAAAAAAGGCAAUUUCUUUUUUGACUUUCGCUAAACUCAAUAUUUUUCACUUUUGUUUAUGUACUUCCACUAUUUGAAGGAUGAUAAAAACAUGCAAAUAAUGAUUUUUGAACGAUUUCUAGUUUUCUACGUGUCUUUAAUUUAUUUGUCCAAAAAAACGAUUCCGUCAAAAUGUCUGAAAAUUACAGAAUUUUAUUUUCAAAAAAAUUCAUCAAAAAUCACGAUUUUCACACCAAAUAUCAUUUAAAAAUCUGAAAAUUCUCAAUUUUCAGCACAUGAAAUCGAUUUCAUCAAAAAGUCGGAAAAAUUGAUGAUUGUGUAUCAAAAUUCAUAAAAAUCAAGGUUUUCAUACCAAAAUUCAUCUGAAAAUCUGAAAAUGCCUAAUUUUCAGCACAUGAAAUUGAUUCCGUCAAAAAGUCUGAAAAUUUUUUUUCAGUGAAAAUUCAGAAUUUUAUAUCAAAAUUCAUAAAAAAUCAUGAUUUUCAGCCAAAAAUUCAUCAAAAAUCAAUUUUCAGCACAUGAAAUCGAUUCGCUACGCCUUCUACAAUCCAGACCAUGUUCGCAACUAUCUUUUCGCCGAAAACAUCGAACCGAAACCCAAAGAUUUCUUGUCGAAAUUCCUCAACGGAAAGGAAUAA